AUGGUGAAUUGGCAGUCUGCAGCGGAGUUAGCGCACGAUGCGACGGCAUUCAAUAACCUCAUGCAUGUCCUGCUUGGGCUUUAUAUAUGGGAGUGGUUUACCAGUUUAGACUUCGAUUUUCUGUAUAUUUUUGGCAAACGGAAAUUCAGAUGGCCUAUGAUCUUUUAUUUCGGAGCUCGCCACUCGAUGGUCGCUGUGAUGAUCGGACUUGCGAUCUCGUUGAAUGUAACAACAGAGAUCAAUUGCCAGUCCCUGUAUACCUAUAACCAGCUUGCAGGCAACUUCGCCAUCGGUCUUUCCAGCGUCAACCUCUCCAUCCGAUGCAUGGCAGUCUGGGGUCAAAACAUCAAGGUCGUCAUUCCUAUCUGCAUUAUCAUCGCCGGCCAUUGGGCCGUUCUCCUCCGUAGUAUCAUCGUCGUCAAAGCCGCCUGGGUCCCUGGUGCGGGAUGCGCCAUCACUCAGACCAGUCAAGCCUGGCUUUCGGCGAUUUAUAUCUACACGAUGUGUUUCGACGGGAUCGUAACGACUCUGCUGACAGUCAAGCUCCUGGCGCCGGUGGUGAAGGGGCAGGUGCAGAUGAAUAAGUUGACAGAACUGGUGUUUGGUGACGGGUUGAUUUAUUUCGUCAUUGCGUUCUUGUCAAACACGGUCGCUGUGAUCUUCAUCUACUUGAACCUGAAUGCUGUGAUGUCAGUCAUUGCUGAAGUACCAGCGGCUAUGGUAUCCGUUCCUGUGUACCUUCUCCCUCAGAUCGUCGCUUGUCGCGUCGUCCGUAGGUUAUCCAACUACGGCCAAGCAAGUACCUCGGAAGUGUGA